UUUUUAUGGCAAGAAAUAGGAGUGUCGUCAAUCGUCGGAGUAGCAAUAUUGCUUUCAAUCAUUCCAAUUCAAGGUGUAUUAGGGAACAAAAUUUCAGAAUAUCGAUUAAAAACAGCAAUCAGAACUGAUGAGAGAGUGCGUUUGAUGAAUGAGAUAAUAUCUGGAAUUCAAGUAAUCAAGAUGUAUACAUGGGAAAAACCUUUCUCGAGGAUCGUAGAUUAUGCAAGAAGAAUGGAGAUUAGUGAGAUAAAAAAAACGUCAUACUACAGAGCCAUAUUAUUAUCGUUUUUCGUUUUCCACGCGAGAAUCGCCAUGUUUUUUAGCAUAUUUGUGUAUGUAUUACUCGGCAACUAUAUUUCCGCUGAAAAGGUAUUUGUCAUAGCAACAUUUUAUAGUUUUUUGAGGUCAUCAAUGACAGGAUUCGUGCCGCAAGGUAUUACACAAGUAGCUGAAACGAAAAUAUCUAUUGAACGCCUCCAAAAUUUUUUACUGUAUGAAGAAAAAGAUGAUCAACGAAUGAACACAUCAGAUCUCGAUAAGGCGACGAAUAAUAAUAAUGAUCAAAACACAAUCAAUAACGGAAAUAAUUCUUCGUCGGACAAUACAUAUGGCGAACCAGAAAGGCCGCACUUGAAGAAUUUCGGUAUUGUCAUGUCAAAUGUUUCGGCCAAGUGGUCCAGCUGUCAAAGCAAAUACUCUCUAAGAAACGUUAGUCUGAUCGUGAGACCGGGUCGGCUGGUUGCGAUAAUCGGUCCAGUUGGAGCUGGUAAAAGCUCGUUGAUACAAGCGAUCUUGCGGGAGCUGCCGCUUUCCGAAGGCAGGAUUUCCGUGCGCGGCGCGGUUUCUUACGCGUCGCAGGAACCGUGGUUGUUCGCUAGUUCUGUGCAACAGAACAUUUUAUUCGGUUCACCGAUGGACAGGCAACGUUACAGAAAAGUCAUCGACGUCUGCGCGUUGAGGACAGAUUUGGAGCAGUUUCCGUACGGUGACCUAACAGUCGUGGGAGAAAGGGGAGUGUCUAUCAGCGGCGGACAACGAGCAAGGAUAAAUUUAGCGCGAGCUGUGUACAAAGAAGCCGAUGUUUAUUUAUUGGACGAUCCUCUGUCAGCUGUUGAUCCACACGUCGGCAAACAUUUAUUCGACAAAUGUAUCAAAGGGUACCUCAAGGAGAAAACUUGCGUUCUCGUGACGCAUCAAAUACAAUACUUAGACAGUGUAGAUCAAAUCGUUCUGAUGGAAAAUGCCAACGUUUUAGCCUAUGGUUCGUAUCACGAUCUCCAAAGCUCUAAUUUAGACUUUGCUAAAUUGCUUAAAUCUCCGACGGAAAAACCUGUUGCGUCAAAGCUUGAACCCGCCACUAUUAAACCGAUGAGUACCAAUAGUUUGAAUACACAAAAAGUUUUCCAUCGACAAUUGUCCAUUGAAAGCGUUGAGUCGUCGGUCAAAAAGUCCGAGUUCGAAGAAAUCCAAGCUGAACCGCCCGAAGUAGUCGAGACUCGAACGUCUGGGAGCGUUUCGUUCGAUGUUUAUUUGUCUUAUUUCUUUGCUGACGGAAACCGAUUUAAAGUACUAUUUUUCUUUUUCAUUUGCAUUUUUGCUCAAAUGCUGGGCACUGGUGGAGAUUUGUGGAUGACCUAUUGGGUAAAUUUAGAAGAACACGUUUUUCACCCUGCAUCUUCAUCGACAACUGACCAGUUUUCUACGAACUUUUUGUGGUGGUCGGUUUCUAGACAGACCUGUUUUACCGUUUUUGGAAUUUUAACUUUCAUGAUCAUAGUGGCGACUCUCAUCAGGUUCGUUGUAUUUGUAUCGGUCUGUACGAAAUCUUCGAUAAAUCUGCACAAUAAAAUGUUCAACGCAAUAACUAGAGCAACGAUGUAUUUUUUCAACACCAAUUCAUCGGGACGUAUAAUUAAUCGAUUUUCAAAAGACAUGGGAUCUAUUGACGAGCUGUUACCGACGAUAGUGAUCGAUUGCAUACAAAUUGGGUUACUGUUAAUAUCGAUUGUGUUUACAAUUGUUUUGGUUAAUAUUUAUCUAAUAAUACCAAUUUUCAUUGUGGCAAUAAUAUUUUACAAACUUAGUACUAUUUAUCUCUCUACUUCACGUAGCGUUAAACGAUUGGAAGGAAUUACACGAAGUCCUGUAUUUGAGCAUUUGAAUGCAUGUCUACAGGGCUUGAUCACGAUUAGAGCGUACGAAGCAGAAAAGAUUUUGUCUAAGGAAUUCGACAACCAUCAAAACCUCCAUUCUUCGGCUUGGUACAUAUUUAUUUCUUCUAGCAGAGCGUUUGGUUUGUGGUUGGAUAUGAUUUGUUAUUUAUUUAUAAGUAUUGUUACGUUCAGUUUCUUAUUUAUUAGGAAUAACACAUUCGGCGGAAACGUUGGUCUUGCGAUUACUCAAGCAAUUAGUAUGACCGGAAUGUUUCAAUUUGGAAUGAGACAAUCAGCGGAACUAGAAAACCAAAUGACAUCGGUUGAAAGAGUAAUUGAAUAUACAAACGUUCCCCAAGAAGAUCCUCUUGAGUCAUCUGCAGAUAAAAAACCACCGAAGGAAUGGCCUUCAAACGGACAGAUAAUAUUUAAAAAUUUUUAUCUUCGAUACGGAAUCGAUACACGGUUUGUUGUGAAAAAUUUGAACAUCAAAAUCGAGUCGAUGGAAAAAGUGGGAAUCGUUGGUAGAACUGGUGCAGGAAAAUCUUCUUUGAUUGCAGCAUUGUUCAGAUUAGCAAUUAGUGAGGGUGAAAUCGUAAUCGACGACUUAGAAAUACACAAAUUAGGACUACACGAGUUACGGUCUAAGAUUUCGAUCAUUCCUCAAGAACCAGUUCUGUUUUCAGGAUCAAUGCGAUCGAAUUUAGAUCCACUGAAAAUAUAUCCAGAUCACAUACUCUGGCAUGCUAUAGACGAAGUGGAACUUCGUAACGUGGUAGAAAGCUUACCUAGUGGUCUGAACUCGAAAGUUUCCGAAGGAGGGUCUAACUUAAGCGUUGGUCAAAGACAACUGGUGUGUCUAGCUAGAGCUAUUGUACAAAACAACAAAAUUCUCGUGUUGGACGAAGCCACUGCCAAUGUGGACCCACAAACCGACGCAUUGAUUCAAAAUACUAUUAGAAAUAAAUUUCGGAUGUGUACGGUAUUGACUGUUGCUCACCGUUUAAACACCGUGAUGGAUUCCGAUAAAGUGCUCGUAAUGGAUGCUGGUGAAAUGGUUGAAUUCGACCAUCCACAUAAUUUAUUGAAAAACCAAAAUGGAUUCUUGUACAAAAUGGUGGAACAAACCGGACUGGCUAAUGCCCAAAUGUUGCAUAAUAUAGCUUCAGAGAGCCACAGUAGACUGAUUACGAUGAAAGAAUCGCUGAUAAAAUCAUGAACAAAAAUCAUGGAACACGUUUUCACACGCAAGUAAUUGCUAAUACAAUAAUACAAUUUAAAGCUGUGUACUGACUGUAAUGUGUACAGCUAGUUAGCUAUUAUAUAUUCGAUUUAAAUUUGGUGUUAUUAUAAGUUGGAUUAUUAAUUAUAAUGUUUAAAUUAUCAACAUUUUA